AGCCCGUCGCUCCCCGACACCUCGCCCUCACUUCUAUGACGCAUGAGGCGAAGACGGACUCUGUGAAAGUCAGACAGAAGACGCGUCAGCUGACGGGACCGUUCGACUACAUGCCAUGACUCCGGGCGCCUGGUUCCCGGUGCCGCUCCGCACUCGGUCCUGAAGCUGACGAGGACGCGGUCCGCGAGCCCGGCAGGGGAGGCGGAAGGAAGAGGACGCGGACGGAGUCCGGGACUUGCAUCCUAAGAUUUGGAGGAGAGAAAAGAGGGGGGAGGAAAGUCAGAGGAGAGUCAGUGUCACCGGGGAGCGAGGGGUGAUUUCAUUCCCAUCACGUCUCCAUCCCUCCUCGGCUCAGCCGCGGCGAGAGACAGACAGAAUGUGCGCGAGACUGAUCGGAGCCCAUCCGAACUAGUGGCGCUCUCCUUCCCCCCGAUGCUUCAGGAUCGCAGACGAAAACUAAGCCCGUCAUGGGGCGGUGAUCUGGGUACUCCAGGCACGAGGGCGCACCGGAGGCGGACAUGUGAAGUUGGAAUCCUCGUCAACUAAUGCUGUGAAGUGGCUCUGUCCCUGGGGCCGAGACUUCAUCCCAGCGGUGUCAGCAAGGAUGCUGUGGGUUACCUUGCUGAGCACCAUAGCCUUAGGAUGGACCACCCCUGUCCCGCUGCUGGAGGACUCCGAGGAGAUGGACGAGCCCUGCUUUGAGCCCUGCUACUGCGAAGUCAAAGAGGGCAUCUUUCACGUGCACUGCGACAGCAAGGGAUUUACAAACGUCAGCCAGAUCAGCCAGAUAUGGAGUCGGCCCUUCAAGCUCAACCUGCAGAGAAACUCAAUGAGGAAGCUGUACUUUAACAGCUUCCUUCAUCUCAACAACGCAAUAUCCAUCAAUCUAGGCAACAACGCCUUGCAAGACAUACACGCCGGAGCGUUCAACGGGUUGGGGAUGCUCAAAAGGCUCUUCCUGCACGAGAACAAGCUGGAGGUUUUUCGCAACGACACCUUCCUUGGACUAGAGAGCUUGGAAUACCUGCAGGCUGACUACAACGUCAUCAAACGGGUUGAAAGCGGCACAUUCAGGCACCUGCACAAGUUGAGAGUGCUCAUCCUCAAUGACAAUUUGAUCCCCGUGCUGCCAAGCUACCUGUUCCGGUCGGUGUCGCUCACGCAUCUGGACCUAAGAGGAAACCGGCUCAAGACUUUGCCCUAUAAAGGCACACUGGAGUAUGUGGGGAGGAGCCUGAUGGAGAUCCAGCUGGAGGAGAAUCCGUGGAACUGCGUGUGUGAGAUUGUUCAGUUAAAAACCUGGUUAGAGAGAAUACCCUACACGGCUCUUGUGGGUGAAAUCACAUGCGAGUACCCAUUCCAUCUGCAUGGCAAGGACCUGCGGGAAAUCAAGCGCAGUGAGCUCUGCCCUUUGCUGUCCGACGCAGAUAUUGAAUCCAAGCUGGGCAUUCCCAGGAUCCCGUUUAGCAGCGAGAACACAUGGCCCACUAAGCCGUCCUCCAUGCUCUCCUCCUUUCACAACACCGCGUCUUCGGUGGAGUACAAGGACAGGGUGAAGCCCACCAAACGAUCCAGGCCCACCAAGAAUCCCCCCACCCCUCGUAGCAUUUACCCUGGAGUCAACCAGCCCCCCAUCUCCCGAUACCAAACCAGGCCGCCGAUACCGAUCAUCUGCCCCGCGGAGUGCAUUUGCAACCUUCACAUCAACGAUCUGGGGCUGACGGUCAACUGUAAAGACAAAGGCUUUCACAACAUCUCUGAGCUGCUGCCGCGGCCCCUCAAUGCGAAAAAGCUAUAUCUCAGUGGGAAUUUAAUCCAAAAAAUAUAUCGCUCCGAUUUCUGGAACUUCUCAAGUCUGGAUCUGCUGAAUCUAGGCAACAACAGGAUCUCGUACGUCCAGGAGGGGGCGUUCAUUAACUUACCCAACCUAAAAAGUUUGUACCUGAAUGGGAAUGAUAUCGAAAGGCUGACUCCCGGCAUGUUCAGAGGGCUUCACAUGUUGAGUUACCUGUAUUUCGAAUAUAAUGUCAUACGCGAGAUACAAGCCAACUCCUUCUCCCUCAUGCCAAAUCUCCAGCUGGUUUUCCUGAACGACAACCUGCUUCGCUCCCUGCCGUCGGACGCCUUCACUGGCACCAACCUGGCGCGGCUCAACCUGCGCAACAAUUAUUUCCUGGCUCUGCCCGUGCAGGGAGUCCUUGAGCACCUGACCUCCAUUGUCCAGAUCGAUUUGCACCAGAACCCCUGGGAGUGCUCCUGUGACAUCAUACCCCUCAAACACUGGCUUGAAAAACUGUCCUCCGUCAUUGUAGUCGGCGAGGUUCUCUGCAAGAGCCCCGAGUUUGCGUUUGGGAAGGAUCUACGCUCCCUGGAAGUGGAAGUCCUCUGUCCAGAGCUCAAGUACUCCUCAGGACCAUCUCCGGCCCUUCCUGCAGGCGGUGAUCCCACCGCGGGGAGGUCUGACGUCGGGGAGGCCAGCGCCACGGGACCUGUGCCUCUCUCCGUUCUCAUCCUCAGCCUACUCCUCCUCUUUAUAUCUGCCGUUUUCGUAGCUGCUGCCCUCUUUGCUUUUGUUCUGCGCCGCAGAAAGAAGCAGCCUUUUAGGAAGCGGUCGGAGGUGGAUCUAACAGGUAUCCAGAUGCAGUGCAGGAUUUUUGACGACCCGCCAAGGCCAGCCAGCACCGCCAACACGGGCACCCCAGAGAAAGCGUCGACAAGCAUGCACAUGCAUUCGCACGGUGGCCACACGCACGCCCACGGGCACGUUUACGAUUACAUCCCGCACCCAGUCACACAGAUGUGCAACAAUCCCAUCUACAAACCCCGAGAGGGGGAACUCGCCGAGGACGAGAGGGGAGAGUUUUCACUGCAGAAAGAUCAGGGCGGCAGCUACAGAACCUUGUUGGAGAAGGAAAGAGAGUGGGCGCUGGCCGUGUCCAACUCCCAGCUGAACACCAUCGUCACAGUCAACCACACGGCAGCUGACAUGGCGGCGCUGCAUGAGAACGGAGGGCUGUGCCCAACUGUGAUUGACAGUCAGAGACCCACACCCACUGUGGGCUUUGUAGACUGUCUAUACGGGACGGCCCCCAAACUAAAGGACAUGCACGUGGCGCACGCACAUCCACCAGGCAUGCAGUACCCGGAUUUGCAGCAGGAUGCACGACUCAAGGACACUUUGCUUUUCACCACGGGCAAAGGAUGCUACCCGGAUUCGUCCCAAAGCGAUUACCUCGAACUGAGGGCAAAGCUUCAGACAAAGCCAGAUUACCUCGAAGUAUUGGAAAAAUCGUAUCGGUUUUAAGAUCUGUAAGCCACAGACAUACAAUACCCCUCGAAUGGAGCAUGAUUUCAGCCACACUUACAACCCUGACAGACACAGACACCCGUUCGGAGUAGAGGCCGCUCUCUGAUCUGUCAAUCAAGUGCCUUUUUUCCGAGUCGCCAGCAAUGUCAAUAGCCCUUAUUUUUAUAAUGUAUUCUAUCCUCACGCCCCACAGAGCAAAAGAACAAAGCCGGGAGGAACAGGAUUUUGUCAUUGAAAUCUUGAAAAAAAAAAAAAAAAGAAGAAGAAGAAAUGAUUUGCCACAUCUUUCUGUGAGAUUUCCAUGACAAACUAGACACACGGGAGCUGGAUGUCUCCCUCACUCAAAGGAUUGGUUUUCCUCUUCUUUCCUUGGUCGUCUUUAUUUUCCUGACUCGGAUGUACAAACACCCUGGAGCAGUGCACACCACCUUUCUAUGAAAUGAGUGAAAGAAAGAGUGGGAAAAAGGCGUUAGAACUGCAGUUUGCUGCCUGCACUCGCCGCAGUGCAGGUGGUGCACGGAUCUUGCUCCGAACUCUACCACGUGAGCCGAGGUCCUGCCACACAUUCACAGUCAAGUCUUCUAUUUAAUUUUGAUAUUUUGUCAACACUGCUGGUUGUUACUAUGAACAAAGACUUCUGUCUAUAUCAGAGUGCUUCUCAAAGCCGGGAGCACCGUCGUAGGGAAAAUAUUUGUGAAUACUAUUCAGUGGCAAGUCUUUUUUCUGAAUAUCUCCACGCACUUUGUUGAGACACAACUUUGCCCCUCCCUCCGCAGACCGUUGCUUCUGGAUCCCCCAUCAACCACAACACUAUCGGCAUUGUAGGCGGCACUUUAAUGUUUUCUCUCCGAACCAGUUGAAGAAAAUGUGCAUAUAUUUAUUCUGUAAUUUCAGUGACAAAUUGAAUUGUAAAGGUAAUGUCAAAACAAUGUACAGUGAAUAUGCGUCUGGUAUAGACUUCCUAAUAAAAGCAAAACAAAAGUCUGCGAUCAUCUGA